AUGAGACAUUUCUUGCGUUCAGGGACUACCUCGAAUGGCGUACACGGUCUGGCAAGUCCUGUAACUUCUGGACUUUACCAUCUGACCAAUAACUAUGGUCAAACCGGCCAACAAUCCGAAACCCAAGCAAGGACUAGAGGCCGAAGUAGCGUAAUAAGAGAUCGAUGUGGCUGGUGUAUUGCAAACCGUAAGGGCUAUGAAAGUGCCAAACCCGUUUGUGGCAAUUGUCGGAAGAAACCAGAGCGCUGCCACUGGCCUGUGGGUAACCAUUCGAGAAGCGGAUUAGGCGAAUUGCGUAUUUCACCAAGACCUAAUGAAGAUAAUCCGCAGCACAGUGGGAUUAACACAGUUGAAGAGGGUUCGAUAAGCAACAUUGUGGCUGGAGCACAAUUGACGACGAAUAAUGCGCUGGCCCAAGAAGAACUUGUCCCUCUAAGUCAAGUUUUCAAACAAGUCGAACGGACCAUGUCGAGUGUGGUCUUGAGGCAGCAAUUGCCAGUUGAAGACCAGGUUCCAGGAUAUUCUUUGCAGGAGAUGCAGCGUCUUGAUCAAGUCCGAGUGAGAGUCCUCGAGGGCACUAGAGUAUACCUAGGCUAUGGUCCUCAAUUGCCAGUGGUGAACGGAAAGAUGGAUUGA